AUGAGUCCAGUGCUCGCGGACAAGCCCAGUCGCAAUGACGAGUAUUGCGCUGGAUCUCUCCGUGUAAGCGCAAGGCAGCUCGUCGUCCUGCUGCUACUGGACAUUGGUCUGCUGUGCCACAGCGCCCAGUGUGCGCCGGUCCAUUCGCUUGCCGACAGGGCACGCAUAUCUUCAACUUCGGCAACUCCCUUGACCGGCGUCCCUGCGCUCUUGUUUUACACGAAGAAUGAUCUAAGUGGCUUCAGUGACAAGGAUGUCCUCGGUGCUCGCAAAUAG